CACACACACUCGCAAAUCAAUUACCACAUUGAAAAUUGGUGAUUGGAGUAGUGUUCUGUUUUCCAGUUUCUUCAGAAAAAAACAUUUUCAGGUGUGGAGCACUUUUUGAUGGAUUUAUUUUUAAGUGAUUAUACGCCACAUACAGUAUGUUAAAAGAUUUGGCAUUCCUAGUUAAAGCAUUUUACAACGACUGUGAGCAUAAAAUAUGCCCUCAACGCUCUCAUUGUUUGAAAACAUUAGAUGGAAAUUUCACAUGUGUCUGUAAUUAUUUCUUUGCACCUGAAGAUCUUGACCCAAAAGUUCCACUUGAAUGUCGUUUCAGUUUUGUCAGCUUUACACUGACUCUGGUCUUCACACUAUUGAGUCUAACCUGCAUUACAUGGAUAAUAGUCGCAAUAUGUAAAGCAUAUCAACGGAGUAGAGAGUAUGAAGGUAUUGAAUGGAGAAAAUGCCGAGGUGAAUUGCAACCAUCAAAAUCACCUCAUGUGAACAGCCAGGAAUCUGUCAGAAGCUUACCAAUGAGACGAUGAGAGUAGAGAAUUACAAACUCACCAGUAAUUAAUACGAAUUUACUGCCAAACAAUAGUAAACUAUUUUCUGUUACAAAUCAACAUCUUUUCGGUUGAAUUAAUCAGGCUUCAUCAAUAGCUUGUACCAAAUAGAACUUAUGAAAAUAAAAGUUUCAGAGACAUACAAUCGAUGUUAUCCAACAUUAAAGUCUAAUAGUGUUUCUUUUGUAUUUCUUUCAUGUAUAUGCUUCUACCAUCCAUUUUCCGCGC